UGAAUAGCUAUUUUUUUCUUGUGUGUAACUGGAGAAGGAAUUGUUGGGGUCGACGGCUAUUCAGAAAACGCACUCGUAAUUCCACAUCACGCUUUCUGAAUGUGCCCAGAACAAUCACACUCCGAUAGUUUCUUCUAUAUUGCAACCGUUGUUAACAGCCAAAUUUGAUUUUAGAUACAUGCCAGAGCUUCUCGGAUUUUUUACAAACCAUUUGUAAAAUGCUAUUGGCUUUGUACGAUGUCUAUCGAGGCACAUUAGUUGUGAUAUCCCACAACUUAGUCGACAGCCAAAUCCAAGAGGACAACAUCAAAACGUUUUUCGUUUGCUCUCCUACACCAACAUGGAAAUUGGUACUCCGGUAGCGACGCUGGUUAGCAAUUCGCCAGGUGAAGAUGAUGCGAAAAUAAAGAGUACAGUACCCUUAACUAUAGUACUAUUGGCUUCGUGAUUGGCCACGAAAUAACUCACGGUUUCGAUCGCAACGGCCACAAGAGCAAUAAGAAAGGUGAUGAGAGAUCCUGGUGGACCAACUAUACGCUAGCUGAAUUUUACAAGAGGAAGCAAUGCAUCAUAGACCAAGACAGCAAUUACACGCUACCGGAACUCGAGGAAUCCGAUGCUUUUCACGUUAACGGCACUAACACGCCAGGUGAAAACAUCGCAGGCAAUGGGGGGUCUUCAAAUUUUCUACGGUGUUCAUAGUCAAGGCCGAUAUCGCGUCGUAGAGCCGCUCACCAAUUUGGUCGACUUUAUCCAAAAUUUUCAAUGCUCAGUUGAUUCUCCCAUGAGUCGACCCGAAAAAUGCACCGUCUGGUAACAAAUAGCUUGCUAAAUUAACCAGUAUUUAUCAUCUGUUUGUCAAGUGAAUGUUUUCUUUACCUCUCUUCUACAAUUGAAACUGUCUGAACUAGAUCAAUAGCGCUAGAUUUCGUUGUGAAAACUGACCAACCAUGACAGACCAAGGGCUGGUUUGGCGCAAAAGUCCUGUUAGUCGGGUUGGGUAAUUAAGUCUAGACACCUUUUUCUAACGCCCCCCGUGUUAUGAAAAACGCCUAGAAAAAGUUAAGUAUAGUCAUUUUGUGUUAGACCCCCAACCUCCCUCCCCCAGGUUAAGAUGAAAAUAUCUAAAAAGCACAUUGUUACCCUCCAUCCACCCAACUUAUUCCUACUUUCCCGCAAUUUUUGGUCAUUUCCAAGUGUUGUCUGCAAGACGCCAGGCAGGCAAUUAUUUAAUUCCAAAGCGUUAGUCACCGCCAGUCUACGAAAAUUUAUGUUUUCCCUAUCUCGUUGUCAUACUCUCUAAAGCAGCUUCCGUCUGUCGCCACUGUGUUUAAAACAGUCUAGUAAAUUUUGUGGGAACUAUUGUUGCAUACUGGUAAAACAAAUCCAUCUAUUGUGCUUCCAGUAAAACAGAAUUGUAUUAUCCAAAGAAUGAGUUAUCACCGUAGUGGUGUAACGUCAAAAGCACGGACAUAAAUUUAAAACUUCGCCUGUUAAACAUCCCGCUUAAAAACCAGCCUAGUGCUAGCAGAUUGAGAUGGAAAUUGAGUCGCCUGCUCUACUACUGAUUUCUGACUUGUCUGAAGAACAUGGACCCAAAAUCAAAUGUUCCAGAAGGCCACUCUUUACUAGUGUGAGAACUCUUGUAGGUGCGGUUGGUUUUGUUAUAGUUAUUACGCUCAUCGUAACUCUAGUGCUUCGUUUUAGAAGGGAGACAGACAGCGUUAAUCGAGAGCAGAUUAAAAACAUAUUCGAUCAGCAAGAGGAGCGGCUUAAUCCCGAAGUUCCCGCAGUUCCCGUUUGUUCGACGAAAGAAUGUAAAUUAUCAGCGGCUGCUUUGUUGGAAUCAAUGGACGAAACGGCUGACCCAUGCGAAAAUUUUUACCAAUUUGCUUGCGGUGGAUGGCAAAAGAAAAACUUUAUUCGUCGUGGCAGUGCAGAAAUAUCACAAUUCAGCAUAUUACGUGGAAGAAUAGAUCGUUUUAUUGAAGAAUUCUUCAUGGAGAAUAACACCGAAGUGGACUCAAAAGCAACCAAUAACACGCGUGACAUGUACAACGCCUGCCUCGACUUGAAUUCCAUAGAAAAAUUGGGCAUCAUGCCUUUAGUUAAAAUCCUGGAUUCUUACGGCCAGUGGCCUAUGACAGUGUCCAACUGGACGGAAAAUCGUUUCGACUGGCGAAAAGCAAGUGCAUCCAUCCGGAAUACUUUUGGAAAGGGAUUUCUUUUUUAUGUGUCUAAUUUCGUCGACGCCAACGACACCGACUUCAGCGUUAUUUAUGUGGACCAGCCUUCGCUAGGAGUUCCUAUUGACCUUCUCACAGAUGAAGAGAUAAAGCAUUAUCAUUCUAUGGAUUAUUUCAGAUUCAUCUUCUCCGUAGCGAUUAGUGUUAGGGAUGCCAUUGAUGGAGGGGCUCAUGAAGACGAUAUCAACAACGAUAUUGGGGACAUGAUCCGUUUUCACAGUGAUUUAGCCAACAUUAUGACCCUGAAUGAACCAGACUGGAAAUUUAGCCGGCAUUAUAAUCCAUUUUCCCUCGACGAACUGCAAGCAUGGACAGACAGGGCCAAUGCUACCAAUUCAAUGGGCAAAAUCAACUGGCACGAACACCUCACCGACAUUUAUUCCAUCGCUGAUGUCUCAAUCAAUCCUGAUGAGAAAAUUGUUGUCAGCGAACCAGAAUACCUUCCAAAAUUGCUGCAGUUGCUGGAUCAGACAUCCCCCAGAGUGAUUGCUAAUUUCAUUCAUUGGCGACUCGUACUUGAACACAUUUACCAUCUGAACGAUAAAAUGAGGGCCGUGGCGUAUGAAUUUAACGAAGCCAUUUUUGAGGGAUUUCCAAUACCAUCCAGAGAAGACUGGUGUAAGGAAAGGGUGAAAAAUGUGAUGGGCCUCGCCAUCAGCGCUAAAUAUGUUGAAAAAUCAUUCGAUCCACAAACUAAGAUCGACAUGAAAGAGAUGAUCCACAAUUUAAAAAGGGCUUUAGGCUCUCUUGUGCAGGAUUCAAAUUGGAUGGACGAAGAGACAAAAAUCAAUGUGAUUGAGAAAGCUGCAGCCAUGAAAGAGUUCAUCGGUUAUCCAGAUUGGAUGACCAAUAGAACUGCACUUGAUCUAGCCUAUCAGGGAAUCAUUAUCAAACCGUUCACGCACUUCGAUAAUUAUCUAUCUGCAAAACGAAUUAUUGCGAUCAAGAAGUUAAGAUUUGUUCGCUUCACAACCAAUACCGAUGACGAUAAUUCGUGGAUCUCAUUUCCGACUGUCGUGAAUGCAUUUUAUUAUCCAAUUCUGAAUUCCAUAACUGUCCCUGCUGGAAUCUUACAGCCCCCCUUUUACGGCAGAGGGCGUCUCGCCGCUACAAAUUAUGGUGCUAUUGGUGCUGUAAUUGGUCACGAACUCACGCAUGGUUUCCACAGUGAAGGUUACAAGACCGACAAGAAAGGUCACAAAAUAUCAGGUUGGACCAACCACACGUUGGAAGAAUUUCAGAAAAAGAAGCAAUGCUUUGUCGAUCAGUAUAACCAUUACAUUCCGCCUGAACUGAAAAAAACCAAUGCCUCUCACGUAAACGGAAGGAAGACGAGAAAUGAAAACAUAGCAGACAAUGUUGGUCUUAGAGAAGCAUUCCGAGCUUAUAAACAUUACGUCGCCAGAAACGGCCCUGAAAAUCUAUUACCCGGACUGGAACGUUACACUCCUGAGCAGAUAUUCUUUCUUUCGUUUGCCAAUGUUGAGUGCAGUAAUGGAAGUCCUGCAAGUCUCGAGUACCAUGUUCGCUUUGAUGUUCAUACUCCUUCCCGUUAUCGAAUCAUAGGUUCGCUCUCCAAUUCGGAUGAUUUCAGCCAACAUUACAAAUGUACCCCCGGUUCCCCCAUGAAUCCAUCAAACAAAUGUACUGUGUGGUGAGAACAACGCUUGUGUUUUGUUAAUGCCAUCCACUGUUAAUUACUCCAGGCUUAAUUCAACGUUUUA